ACAUGUCAAUAAUUCAUGACAAGGAGGAUAUGGCAGAGUGAAUAUCCGCAGACUACAAUGUUGGGAAGAGUUGGAGCUGCAGCAGUAGGGGCAGUUGUUACCGUUGCUGCUGCCCCAGUGGUUCUGGGAGCUGUGGGAUUUACGAGUGCUGGAAUAGCAAGUGGGUCCAUUGCAGCAAGUAUGAUGUCCUCAGCAGCUAUUGCCAAUGGAGGAGAAGUAGCUGCUGGAAGUCUGGUUGCGGUCCUUCAAUCUGCCGAGGCAGUUGGAAGACCAGCAGCUGUCAACGUUGGACUGGGAACUGCAGGUGCCUUUAUCGGGUCAUUGGCAAAAUUUCUAAAAUAAACCAAAAAUUAAACAGACAUUCUGUUUUCUAUUCUGAAUAUCGCAGGAGACAAAAUGUAACUGCAAGUCAAUAAACAUACUGAUUAUUCCAAAA